GCCCACCGGAAGGUCGAUAAUAGUUAUAUAAGAUUUGUUGUAGUACUUGAUUUUGGAUGGGACUGUUUUAUAAAGAAUUAAAAAUAUGUAAUUUGGAAAGGUGCAACAUGCAUUGGACAGUGACAUUAAGUAACAAAGCAAUGAUGCAUUAUUUUAAUUUUCCACGAUAACAUUACACACUUCUGCCGAGUUUUAUAUCAGGAAAGGUCAGCAACAUGAUAUCUGAAACAGGAAAGCCUUCUGUGAAUACAACAGUCCCUCAUCCUAACAUUAUAGAAAUGCACAUGCUAGAUCUGUACAAGUUCUUUCCAACUAUGACUUUUUCGUCUUGUGCCAUGAGAGUGUUCUACUACCCAUUUACAAAGGUCACAAUUCUCCAACAGCAACAGAAAGAGAAAGAGAAACUUUAUAAGAAUAUAACUGAUGCCUUUGCCAAGAUUUAUCGGAGACAGGGAGUUAAUGGACUUUUUAGGGGAGUGACAUUUCGAGCAUUUGGACAGACCCUGUCCUCUCUAACGUAUGUUAGUACUUAUGAAGUUGUACGAGAACUGACUUCACACCCGUUUAUAGCAGGAUUUACUGCCUCAUGCACAGCCUCUUUCAUAAACUGUCCAUUUGAUGUGGUAAACCAGUAUGUGAUUCUGUUAUCAAAGCAGGCUAGUAGUCAACAAGAAGUCCAAAUUCUUAAAAGCCUCCAGCCUUUGCGGUACCCCAAAGAAAUUAGACAUGGAGGACGUUGGAUAUUAGAGAGUUCAGUUAUUAAAGAUGUGGGAAAUCGACAUGGACUUAAGGGCUUUUGGAGAGCUCUGCCAUUGCUGAUGAUUAACAAUGGACUUCAUAGUGCCUUGUGGUGGUCCUCCUUUGAAUUUGUGUCAGGUAUUCUGGCCAAUAUGUAUCCUGAGAAAUCUAGAGUGCUGAGGAAUACUGCCAGUGGUGUUAUAUCAGGAUUCGGAGUAGCGAUAAUAACAAAUGGUCUCUCCAUCACAACCACAAGAGCACAGGUUAGCCAGACAAGUAUACAGGUAGCUGCCAUGAAUCUCUACAGAGACGAAGGGCUUUUGACAUUUCUUACCAAGGGGCUGCGUCCCAGGCUCAUACAGAACAUUUUAUUUUCAUUCCUCGCUACACUUGUAUAUGAUUCUGUAAAACAGUUCUCUUUAAAAGAAGAAUACAAAUCCCAGGUCACAUGGUGAAGAACAUUCAGCUGUAGGCAAUUUCUAGUAUAGAAUACAGGGAACCUAAACUAUUUCUACAGGUACAGUGUAAAUGAACAUGUAUAAUUUUUAAAAUUAUUUCUAUUUAUCUGUAUUUUUACCAAAUUAGGAACUGUGAUUCUGUGAAAUGAUUUUAUUGCAUAAGUAUUUUAUUUUUAAUGUCCCAUAUUAAGCAAUAGUUUGAGGAAUGGGUUGUCACAAAAAGGGAAUCCAAACAGUGGCUCAGGCAUGAGUUUAUUGAUAGUAUACUAGUCAUUAAGAUAAAUAUUUGUACUAAACAUGCACACUAGUAUUUCUUUUAUAACUUGUGUCACCUUGCCCAGAGGGUAGUUUUAAAGAAAAGAUUAAAAUAAUGGUUUUAGGUGGUACAUUAUCUUUAAAAAAUUGUUUGGUUGCACCUCUCCCGACCGACUGGCUAAAAAUGGCCCAACUCAAACUUUAUUUUAUCCUUAAGGAAGCAAUUAUUUUUAGCUCUUCUGAGCCAAAGGCUCAAAGAGCUAAUGCUAUGGCCAUUUGUGCAGUGUGCGUAAACUUUUUAGAAUAUGGGCCAUAACUCAAGAACGCUUUGGCCAAUUAUUGUCAAAUUUGUCACUGGGUAUCCUUGGCCCAAGGGCUCUGGUUUAUACUAAAACUUGGGUUGUGACCCUUAAACAAGGGGAGAUAAUUAGGAAAAUAGAAACAAAAGUACUGGUUGCUGAAAAAUCUUCUCAAGAACCACUGGGCAGAUUAUCACCAAACUUACACAAAAGGAUGAGGAUACAUGUAUGUUGUAGAUUAAAAUUUGCACGGGGAUUUAGCCUGGGGCAAAGGGCGUUGUCUCAAGGUCAGUUCAAAGUUGACCAAAAAUUACAUUUUAUUAAAAUGUUGAUAUUUUGCUUAAUAUAAGGACUAGGAUCAUCAAAUCUUGUCAGUUGAUGCAUCUAAGGACCUCAUAUCACGUUGACUCAAAAGUAGGUCACGGUGACCUACUUCGUAAAUUUUGCGGCCAUUCUUUUUAAAAUGAUUUAGAGGCAUAUUUUGAACAAUUUAAGGCCUAUGAUCAUCAAACUUUAUCAGUUGAUGUAUCUUGGGUCUUCAAAGUACGCCAACUAAAAAGUAGGUCACCUUGACCUACUUUUUGAAUUUUAUGGCUAAUAUUUUUCAAAACAAUUAAGAUCAUUAAUUCGAAUACUGAGAAGUUUAGAAUCAUUAAAUCUUGUAAGAUGAUGCAUCUUGGGGCGAUAAAACAUAUUUAUUAAAAAGUUGGUCACAGUGACCUACUUUUUGAACUUUGCAGGAAUUUGAUUUCAAAGCAUUUUAGAAGCAUAAUUUGGACAUUUUAAGGCCUAUGAUCAUAAAACUUUGUAAGGGGAUGCAUCUUGGGUCUUCAAAAAACGUCAACUGAAAAGUAGGUCACUGUGAACUACUUUUCAAUUUAUAUGGCUAUAAUUAAAUAUUUUGGGUACUAAUUGGCUUAGAAUCAUCAAACUUUGUCAGUUGAUGCAUCUUGGGUCAUCAAAGUAUGUCAUCUGAAAAGUAGGUCACUGUGACCUACUUUUGAAAUUUUAUGGUUAUAAUUUUAAAAAUAUUUUAGGUAUUAAUUGGCUUAGAAUCCUCAAACUUAGUUGAUGCAUCUUGGGUCCUCAGAGAAUGACAAGUGAUAAGUAGGUCACCAUGACCAUUACUUAGGUACUAAUUGGCUUUGAAUCAUCUUUGAUUCUCAGAGUGUUUCAUCUAAAAUGUAGGUCAUGAUGACCUACCUUUGGAAUUUCAAGGGUUUAUCUAAAUAUACUGGAUACUUAGAGGCUUCAAAUAGAAGUGAUAGGUUGUACAGUUUAUCAGAAGAGCGAUUCAAGGCCCUUGGGCCUCUUGUUUAUGCAUUCCAGAAAAAAGAUUUUGAAAAUUCCUCAUUGAUUUUGAAAAUUUCUUUGAAAAAAAAAAGUUCUCACCUACCUACUGACUCAAUUUUUCCAACCUGAGUCGGGAGAGGGCAAGCAAACAUUUUAAAGUUGGCCUACUAUAUAAGUGAAUGGCUAAUUAAUUCAAUACAUAAUUUCCUAUUGAUUUCAGAUCAAAGAUAGGUCAUAUUAUUUUGUUCUGUUCAUUCAUAUGUCUUCCUCUUCAUUGAUGUCUUUAACACUAGCCAUAAAUAUAAAUGCAAGUUCAAAGGUUGAAGAAAAAUCUCCACCAAAAAAAAAAUUGGCCACAGUUGUGAAAAUUGUGUUUCAUAUAAAAACAUCUCGUUUUAUUUUAUUUUUAAAUCAGAUUUUUGCUUUAUUCUUUUUAAAUCAGAUAUUUGGGUGUUUAAUGAAUUGUGAUUAAUCUGCUUUUAGAAAAUUUGUUCACAAUUUAAAGCAUGAACCUUGUUAAGGAUAAUGUGUCGAUACUGUUGGAAGAAGUUUUGAACAUAAAAAAAAGGAAGAUGUAUAAUUUGGCAUUAUUAACAUUUCCUUUUAUGUCACACUUGUUUGUCAAGACUUUUAACAGAGGAGACUAGAUAGGUGCUUAUGUUUUAUUUGAUAUGUAAAUUGUUUAGAGUUGAAUUAAUAUGGUUGUAUUAGGGAAAUGCACAUAUGAGCAAGCUAGUAAAUUAAAUAAUUUUUCAUAAAACUUGUUUUAACUGGAUUUCUAUAUGAUGGUUUUGCUGUGUACAAAUUGUUUAAAAGUAUUUAUUGAUUAAUAAGUGUACCUCUUAUGAUUUUGUUUUAGAAAUCAGAAAUUUUGAGGUAUGGCUAAUCUUUAUAUCAAAGAUAUUGUGAGUUUUAUUUUCUUCAUUGUAUUUUUAAUAAAUGAUUCCAUACUUCCAGAAAUAAAUACAGAAUAGCUUUGA